CAUCCACCUCACACGAGGCACAAGCUCAUCCCGUACCAGCUGAUCAGGACGAGCGACCAUGAGUCCCCGGAGAAUUCCAUCCAUGUGCCUGAUGCUGUUGCUGCUACUGAACCUGGAGGCUACAGUGAAGGCAGCGGUACUCAUCCCUCAAAGUUCAGUGUGUCCAAACGCCGAGGCCAAUAACUUUCUCCAGAACGUGAAGGUCAACCUGAAAGUCCUCAACUCCCUUAGCUCAAAAGCGAGCUCCAGAAGGCCCUCAGACUACCUCAACCGUUCCACUUCACCCUGGACUCUGAGCCGCAAUGAGGACCCUGAUAGAUAUCCUUCUGUGAUCUGGGAGGCACAGUGCCGCCACCAGCGCUGUGUCAACGCUGAGGGGAAGUUGGACCACCACAUGAAUUCUGUUCUCAUCCAGCAAGAGAUCCUGGUCCUGAAGAGGGAGCCUGAGAAGUGCCCCUUCACUUUCCGGGUGGAGAAGAUGCUGGUGGGCGUGGGCUGCACCUGCGUUUCCUCUAUUGUCCGCCAUGCGUCCUAAACAGAGACCUGAGGCUAGCCCCUAAGAAACCCCUGCGUUUCUCUGCAAACUUCCUUGUCUUUUUAAAACAGUUCACAGUUGAAUCUCAGCAAGUGAUAUGGAUUUAAAGGCGGGGUUAGAAUUGUCUGCCUUCCACCCUGAAAAGAAGGCGCAGAGGGGAUACAAAUUGCUUCUUGUUUUUCUGUGGGCUUUAAAUUAUUUAUGUAUUUACUCUAUCCCGAGAUAACUUUGAGGCAUAAGUUAUUUUAAUGAAUUAUCUACAUUAUUAUUAUGUUUCUUAAUGCAGAAGACAAAAUUCAAGACUAAGAAAUUUUAUUAUUUAAAAGGUAAAACCUAUAUUUAUAUGAGCUAUUUAUGGGUCUAUUUAUUUUUCUUAAGUGCUAAGAUCAUGAUUAUCAGAUCUACCUAAGGAAGUCCUAAAUAAUAUUAAAUAUUAAUUGAAAUUUCAGUUUUACUAUUUGCUUAUUUAAGGUUCCCUCCUCUGAAUGGUGUGAAAGUCAAACCUCGUUUUAUGUUUUUAAAUUAUUGAGGCUUCGAAAAAUUGGGCAAUUUAGCUUCCUACUGUGUGUUUAAAAACCUUGUAACAAUAUCACUAUAAUAAAUUUUUGG